AAUGCGCACAGAGGCUGAGGCAGCGACUCACACCGACUUCCUUGCGGACGUUGGAAAACGUUCCCUCUCAAUUUGCUAUCGGCACUUGCGCUUCGCUGUCCCUCUUCUCACAAUCUCACUCCAAGGUCCUUUCUAGUAUCCCAGUGACAUUUUGAAUCUUCAGAAUUCCCUCUCCCUUUCAUCGAUUCUGCAUCGAUGCCGCGUUUUGAUCGUGGAGAUCUCUGGAAGAACAAGGCUCGCUCUCUGCAACUGCAGCUCCGGAACCGUUUCAGAGUUGCCGUCGAUCGCCAUUGGCGGCGCCAGCCGACGUUUAUCCCUGAAGGUUAUUUCUCCUGCACUAUGCAGCGCUGGCUUCGCCGUUUUCGUGAUUUUCGUCAGGAAUCUUUGCCUUCUUCCUCUUUCUAUCGAAAAAAAGUGAGUAAGGACUUCAGUUCUGAAGAGUCGGCUCUACUUCGAGUGCUGCAAGCUGUAGCUGUUCCUGUGCUUGGAAAUGUGUGCCAUGUGUUUAUGAACGGGUUAAACCGUGUCCAGGUGUACGGUUUAGAAAAGUUGCACGAACCUUUGCUUCAUAGACCCAAAGACAAGCCUCUUCUUACGGUUAGCAAUCAUGUGGCUUCCAUGGAUGAUCCUCUUGUUAUUGCUUCACUGCUUCCCCCUCAUGUUCUGUUGGAUGCUCAGAACCUGAGAUGGACAUUGUGUGCAACUGACCGAUGUUUUAAAAACCCCGUAACUUCUGCAUUCUUUCAAUCUGUCAAAGUCUUGCCGGUUUCUCGUGGUGAUGGAAUUUAUCAGAAGGGAAUGGACAUGGCCAUUUCAAAAUUGAACCGUGGUGGGUGGGUCCACAUAUUUCCAGAAGGAAGUCGUUCACGUGAUGGUGGUAAAACUAUGGGUUCUUCGAAGAGAGGUGUUGGAAGGUUGGUCCUGGAUUCAGACAGUGUGCCCAUUGUGGUCCCAUUUGUGCAUACAGGGAUGCAAGAUAUCAUGCCAAUAGGCGCCAAAUUUCCCAGAGUUGGCAAGACGGUUACAGUGCUCGUAGGUGACCCAAUCAAUUUCGAUGAUCUGCUAAAUGCGGAAAAAGGUGAGAAUGUGCCAAGAAGAACACUAUAUGAUGCAGUAGCAACAAGGAUUGGCAACCGUUUACAUGAAUUGAAAGUCCAAGUCACCAAUCUGGCUAUUGAACAAGAAAUGCUGUUAAAAACCAGCUCUACCCAUACCGCGGAGCGAGCAUCUGGGAUUUUUCAGCAGGUUGAUUGGGAAUUAUUUGGAAUGGGAAGCUCGAUGUCAGUACAUGAGGAUUCCAAGCAGAGACAAGAAACUCUUGCUCUCCCAAAUGAAAGUGUUACAAAACUUCAGUACUCUCAUGAUAAACACAAUUCGAGAACGGGCUUCUCAUACAGGGUGCGUGGUUAUAUGGAUCGGAUGGAGCUGAUGUCCUUUGCUGCGAGAGGCUUGUUUAUGAAUCGUGGAACCAGGAGUUCUGCCAGCUGUACAGAUAUAACCCCGUUAAGGGCAUGGAAGCAAUUUUUGGAAGCAAACGUCUGGCGCCAUUGGAAUUAUUGCUAAAGAUGGUCUCUGCUUGUGCCCUGUGUGUGGGUUUCUUGAUUAAAUUAAUUAAAAAAAAGAAAGAGGAGUAGGGAUAGGGUAAACACAAUGUAAUUACGAAUGAUCUCUCACCUAAAUACCAAUCUUGUGCUGUGGGAUCGUUCCAUGUGUCCCCUCUGCGAAAGCCAGCACCUGUGACCUAUUGUGGUUUGGGACUGAUGACGUCCUAUUUGAUCAA